GAGUAACAGUAACUGAUUUGACAGGUUGCUGCGUUUUUAUAUUGAAUAAAUUCUCGGCUUUCAAUACUGACUUACAAAUGGUUGUUAGACUGCACAUACAGUAUAAUACAACAGAGGGCGCUGUUAGCCUGUGAGAUAUAUUUUUACGUCUGUCGUCAUAGCGAGUACGUCUCAUUUCUUUACCUGCAAAAUACACCGGCCUCGAAUUUUGCUCUGAUGUUUUUACGUCUGGUUUCACAGAUAGAGGAAGCUGAAAGAAACAAAUAAGAUGUAUCCCAUGACUGUUGUGGAAGGAAGCGGGACCCUUGAAUAUAAGGAAAUGUGUUUCUGACAGCUGCCUUUAUGUCGUCUCGUUUGACGCUCACAAAUUUUAUCGAACGUAUGUAAUUGCCAUUAACAUGGAGCUCCUUCUGAACUUGUUGAAGCGAGUUAGCUAACGCAUUACUCAUUAAAGUUUAGCCAGUUAGCGUUAGCUAACUUGUGUAGAACAAAAUAAAGAUGCCCCCAAAGAAGCCAAAGUCGACUGCCGCCAACGUCUCCAGCUCUUUGGACCUGGAAUCUGAGGAGGUCAGCCUUGAAACCACCGUGCCCUCGUCGGACGAGAUGCGGCAGCUGAUCGAGAGGAAAGAGUUGAUGCAGAACAUCCAGCUGCUGAAAAUUGAGCUUUCCCAAAAGGACCUCACUAUUGACAACAUAAAGGCCGACUACAUGUCCAAGUUGGAGGAGCUUGAGGAGAGACUGAACGAUGCCCUCCAUCAGAAACAAGUGUUGGCGCUGAGGCUCGACAGUGAGCUGAAGCUCGCGCAGGAAGACAACAGGAAGCAGCAGGCUCUGCGCAAGAAAGAAGUGGAUGGCAUCUUGCUCCGGCAGCAGCAGCUGGAGGAGGCGAACAUGCAGAUGCGGGAGAAGGCCGGGGAGCUUCGUCGAUCUCUACGGAACUUGGACAUGUCACAUGAGCGCUAUCAGGAGCUUCGUAACCUUCCUGAGGAGAACAUGUCCAUUCAGGAAUUUGUUGCUAUGCGCUUUUACGAAGUCGUGACUCCGUUGAGGGCUCAGGUGGCCGAGCUGAGUGUGAAGAAGGACACUUUGAGCGAAGACCUGGAGUUGCAGAGGACACAAAUGAAAUCUAUGAUGGAGCGCUAUGAGGAGGAACGGCGUCGCCGUACGGAGCUGGAACUGAGGAGCCAGAGAUUGACAAUGGAGCUGGCUGACACCAAACAGCACAUCAAAGAUGGAGACUACCGCCGGGAAAACUACCCCAACAUCAAACGUGUGUUGUUUGAUAGUGAGCGAGACGGUUUGGAAGCCGAGCUGAAAGAGGUGAAGCGAAAACUGGACACACUUACCUUGGCUCACGAGGCAGUUGGCAGGGAACGAGAAAGUCUUGUCAAAGAGAUGGCGACGUUGCAGCAGUCAACAACACUGCUGCAGAAAGAUAAGGAGUACCUGCACAGACAGAACAUGGAGUUGAGUAUUCGCUGUGCACAUGAAGAAGACCGCCUGGAGCGCUUACAGGUGCAACUAGAGGACACCAAAAAGUCCAGGGAGGAUGCAUAUGAUAAAUACGUGGCAUCGAGCGAUCAUUAUAAAUCUGAGUAUGAGCGAAAGCUGAGAGAUGAACUAGAGAAUGUCCGACUGAAGACGGGUCAGGAAAUCGAUAACCUUCAGAGAACAUCUAGAGAGAUGUACGAGAGAGAGAAUAGAAAUCUACGUGAGGCCAGAGACAACGCGGUGCUGGAGAAGGAGCGGGCUUGUGCUGCCGAGAGGGACAGUCAGUCACGAUAUGACCAGCUUCUAGAACAGUUUCGCCAGCUGCAGCUCGGCACCGACAGCAGGGUCGCGGAAUUGUCCAACCAGGCCAAGCUGCACUGCUUCGAAGCCGAGCGCGCUCAGAUGAUGAAGGAGGAGACUGACAAGGCUCUGGCUCAGUGCCAGGUGGAGUGUGAGAAACAGCGCAAGAAACUGGAGGUCCUCACGCAGGAGUUUUACAGGCUACAGACGUCAUCCGAGAAGCGCACCGCAGAGCUUCACGCUCAGAAUGCCGAGCAGGCGUCCCGACUGGAGACUUAUGAAAAACUCGAGAAGGAGCUGGACCAGGUUACCAUGCAGGCUGCUGAAAUUGAAAAUGAGGAGGAAGCAGAGAGGGUCCUCUUUUCGUAUGGUUAUGGAGCCAACGUUCCCACUACGGCCAGAAGGAGACUUCAGCAGAGUGUUCACCUGGCCCGCAGGGUGCUGCAGCUGGAGAGGCAGAACACAUCACUGAGGAGAGACUUGGAGAAGCACCAGUCCCAAACAGGCCAGAUAUCCGAGGAGCUGUUAGCUGCCAACCAGUUGCUGGAGCAGACGCAGCAGCCCUACAGCUACCUGAUAGAGACGGUGAGACACAAGGACGGACAGAUCAACGGCCUGAAGCAGCGCGUCGCUUCACUUGAGGAUGAUGUCACUUCUCUGAGGAAAGAGCGGACAGCUCUACUGCAAGUGAAGAACAACAUGGCUGCCGAUCUGGAGCGGCUCUUGAACCAUCGGGAGGAAUUAGCAAUGAUGAAGCAGGUCCUGAUCAGCAUGCGAUCCCAACAGGAAAACGCUUUGAGCUCAUUAGAGGUGAAAAAAGACGACACGAGGAUACCCUCCAAACGGGACAGCGCCCCAGCCGAGGAUGAGUCGCCCGGCAAACCUAAACCCACAGUCUUCACCAAAAGAGAAGCUCCUGAUUGGUACCAAAGACUCAAGCAGAAACCCAAAUGACUCGUGUGUUUUUGUUUAUGGUGGUGGUGGUGUUUGGAAAAAACAUUUUGUAAAGUUUUUACCUAAUUUGUUCAUAUAUAAACUUUCUGUAGGUUUUGAAAUACCUGGUACUCAUUCUCCCAUACAGUUGGAUGUUCCUCAGGUAACACAUUCCUCACAAAAGCUCCCAUGUAUUUUUCUUUCCUGGCACGCGUCGCUGGUAUUGCGCCCAUUUUUCAUCUCAUUGGUUCCACGCUGCCAUAGUCUUGAAUUGGACACAUAUUUUACAUAACCUGAGAAUGUACACGGGAAAUCCUCCUGGUAGUUAGCAGUUAGGUACCGUGAACCUUAAUUAUAGUGCAACGUACAUUGCUACACAACACUGCUGAAAUUAAUUCCUCAGUACCUUGCCAGUGUGUACUGGUAUUUUUUUUUAAUGAUAUUGGCAUUAAAUUCUAUUCACAGAUUUCACAUGAUUGCUGACAGACGGGCAUGUGUUCUACUGUGGAAAAAUGUUUUAAGAGUGUGUCAUCUUCAGUUCAAAACAUAUCCUAUGCCCCAAAAAUACCUGUUUGAAACACGUAGGUGAACAGAUAAAUUGUAAACAGAUGAUUGCCAUGAUUGGGUAUAAAAGGAGCAUCCCUGAAAAACUCACAUUUGUUUCAAAGAAAGAACAACUGCGUGAACAAAUAGACCAAUUGCUUAAGAGCAGGGAGGUGGAAUUAAUCAAAACUUUGAACAUUCAAUCAUCUUUUAUUUGUAGUGUAUUCACUUCAAUAUACAUUAAGAAAUCAUUUUUUUAAAAUGAUUAUGUUUUUAACAAUUUCCCAAGUUUAUUAAAAUUGUUGUGGAUGGAAGUUAAUUCUUAAUUGCCAUAUUAAUGCCUUUUUGGGUCAAAAAUAGUGUGAAACUGACUUGUUCGCACAGCAGUGUAAGACGUCAUCGUCACACAGCACAAAGUGUCACGCUCAAUUACUGCUGUACUGCAAUUACUAAUGGUUUUGUUAUUGUCGCUUACAAAAGGCAAUAUUUACAGCAAUUUUAACGCAGCUGCGGUAUUAGUUUAGUUUAAAGCUGUGUCCAAACAAGUCCUCCAGGGCCGCUGUGGGUCCUGGACUUCGUUCCUACCAAUCGAGCACAGAUAGUUUAACCAAUGAAGUUUAUUCUAAAACAAGCAGCAACUGACUGCGAUUAACUGAUUACACUUGCAAGACACCAGAUUGGUGAAAAUGUGUCAUCUUGUUUUGUUAGAAUGAAAUCCAGCACCCACCGCAGCCCUACGGUAUGUGGAAUAGUUUGGAUACCCUGAGCUAGAUUAUAGCUUGUCUUAUUUAUUUACUAAUUACAAGUUAAGUUGCCCCUGUAACAGUUAAAAUUGGUUGCAAACCGAUGCAAGAGUUUGAGCCCCACGGUGUUUGUUUCGUUGUUUUUAACCAUACUAAACAUUUUAUAUAUACAACGUAGACACAGUGUUACCCUGAAUUAGUGAUAGACGUCGACACAGUCUCAAAAUAUGUCAUCACGUCACCAGAGAACGUAUGCUCAAAAAUUAUGAAUAAACUCUCACCUUAGAAACUUGUAAAUCAAAGUUUGCAUCCUAUGAUUGUGUUCGAGUGGGGGGCGGGCAGCCUGGGCCAUAUCUCAAAGUACUACCUCAUAGCUUCUGCAGCUGUUUUUUCGCAUUUACCUUGUAUUUCCUCAAUUUUUAAGAAGAAAAGGUCUGAUUAUUUCACCAAUUCUAAUGGAUUUCAAAUAUCUUUGUGGGGAAGUAAAGCUUGUUCAAACUGCAUAACAUAAAACCAAAAAUCUUAAUAAAAUUUUGCCUCAAGUUUUUGGUUUUGGUGGAAUGACUCACAUAUUUAUGGUUCAAAGUCUAUCCACACUUACACUGACUACUACUUUGAUAAGCAGUGUUGUAACAAAAUAAAAGUACUUCAAUACUGUACUUAAGUAAAUUUUUGUGUGCCUGUACUUUGAAUACAAAUAUGAAGUGGUGCUUCUUACUUCACUAAAUUUUACAGCAUGUAGCUGUACUUUUUACACCACUACUUUUCAAAUUUUCUCCUGCGUUACACGUUAGUUUUAUUUUUUUUCUCAUUGUGAAUUGAUAGUUUCGUUUUCAUGCCUCCGGCGCAAUCGAUUACCCUCGUGUAACUAUACCAAAAUUGAGCAUUGGAGCCAUCAACACAAGUACAAUCACGAUUAAGCAGAUGAACAAGAUAUUGACCAAUAAAAACCAACAGCCAGAGCAGAACACCUUCAGAUGGGUGCGGCACACUUUUGAACAGUAGGUGCGGGUUUGCAUCUGAUAGUUGCUUGUAAUUCCCCAUUAAGCUAAAGUUUGGAGUUUUUGAGCUUGUUAACCUUCUGUUUACAGUGCAGUCAAUUUAGUUGCUUGUUUUAACCAU